CUAAUGUGGAUUGAGAGGGUUUAAAUCCCUCGCGUUCUCCCGAAAAUUUAUAUAUCUUUUUGUCUUCAGAUUUUGUGGCGUGUGAUAAUGUCCGAGGAUCUUGUUGAUUACAAAGCGCUAUUUUUACAGGCCGAGGAGGCGAGAAAGCAGGCCGAAGAGGAAAGGGAGCGGGAAGAGUCUCUGAGGAAGCACGAGCAGGAGCAAACCCGUCGGACUACCUUCAGAGAGUUCAUUCAAUACUGUCACAGCCUUCGUUCGCUCCCCUUGAGAGCCGGACAUCCCGCCGAGUCAACUACUGGCGAGAUCCCGCAGCCCACUGGCAAAUAUUGCCCACUGCGACUAGAGCCCUGGACAGACUGCGAUGCUAGGCAACAGGAGAUCUACAAUGCUGUCUGCCAUUACCUCCUACCCCUAGGUCGAGACCCUCCCCGGUUAUUCAGUUCCCGACACGCACUCGAGGAAGACAACCGGCGUUUCAGCAAUCGGCCUAUCACGAGUGAAAAGGACCUAGAGUAUCAUGAGCGAUCCGCCGUAGAAAGUCAGGUCCAAGAUAUCAUCGCUGCGCUAAGCAAGAUACCGGCCGCUCGAGACGAGUUUGGGCUAGGAGACGGGUUGCUGUUCGAUAGUCAUACUAAUGGUCUAGAUGAGAUCAUGCCAGAGGAGCAUCAUGCUGGUUCCUCACCUUACAAUGGAAACUCCCGCCCUGACCAGUAUUGCAUCCACCGUGUUCACGGAAAUACAAAGGCAAUAUUGACUACUGUCGAGUAUAAACCGCCUCAUAAACUGUCCAUUGAAAAUCUCAGGGCUGGGCUACGGCCAAUGAACUUCUAUGAGGAGAUUGUUGAAACGGAAACAAUUCCUGUUAGUGGGCCUGAGAAGCUGUCAUUCAACGCUGCCCGUCUCGCAGGAUCGGCAAUUGUGCAGGAGUAUCAUGUGAUGAUACAGGAAGGACUCGAGUAUUCCUAUCUGACGACAGGUCUUGGGAUCGUGCUGCUCAGGAUACCCGACGAUUGCGGUAUCCUGUACUAUCGUCUGUGCGAGCCGAAUCUGGAUGUAGGUGCUGGUGGAGGCGGGCAAGUGCCUUGGACGGCAAUCGGGAGAGUUCUUUGUCUUUGUCUAAUGAGUUUUCGUUCACAUUGUCGGGAUCAGGUAUGGCGAAAUGCUGCUCGGGCGAGGCUGCCAAAAUGGGAGACCGGCUUCAGCCACGAGCGAGCUCAGAUCCCAACGAACGAGUUACGAAUGAAGCCUCCUGGGUCAGACUAUAUCAGCCUGGAUGGCACCAGUUCGGAGGUGACCCCUUCUGAAUACCAGCCAUCGUCCCCUAUUGAGUCCCCUGUCUCCCAGGGUCGCCGCGUACCGACCCGCGCCUUCACUAGCUGUGCGCCCACAGGUGAUGCUUAUCGACGAGAAGAUCCCCCGGGCUCUGACGGCGAUCCUACAGCGGCAACACAACGGAAGCGAGGCUUUAGCCAAAUCGCGUCUUCGCCGCCCACGCAACGAUCGGCGCCGACUACGCCGCAGAAGUCUUCUCAAUAUCGUGCCGGUCAGCGCCGUCCACAUGAUCAUGACUUUUGUACACAAAAGUGCCUCUUGAGCCUACAACGAGACGCAGCGUUAGACACAAGUUGCCCCAAUGUAGAACUUCACCGGGCUGGACAAGAUAUCGACCAUCAUCCGAUCCGGGCAGCUAAAUUAGUACAGAUGAUCAAGCAGCAGCUGGACAAGAAUUUGGAUGAACUAUGCACCCCGAUAGGACAACGUGGGUCCUACGGCGCACCGUUCAAGAUAACCUCCGCCGAAUAUGGUUAUACAGUGGUGGGAAAGGGCACCACAUCACGGCGAUGGCCAGUUGUCUCGCGCGAAGCGGAGAUAUAUCAGAUCUUGCAAAGUGUGCAAGGCUCCGCGGUGCCCGUAUUCCUGGGGCCCAUUGAUCUAGAUAUGGUAUAUUUCCUUCACGGUGCUGGCGAAAUCCGCCACAUGCUUCUGAUGGGUUGGGGUGGCGAGAAUGUGCGCCGCCUUAUGGAAAACAAUCCAACCAUUCAGCGUGCCAUCUCACGGUCGGAAAGGAAAAUUCUCUCAUUGGGCGUCGUACAUGACGAUCUUCGGCUUGAAAAUAUUCUCUGGAAUGAGGAGCUACAGCGAGCGUUGAUCAUAGACUUUCACCGCUGUCACCUAAACAACCGACUGAUACGUCCCAAGUCCCGGUCCGUGAAAAGAAUAUCGAAUGGCGCCGAGGACCAAAUCAGCAAACGUGCGCGCCCAAUAUAAAGUCAGAUGUUAGCCUACACCUGAGUAGAGGCAUCUGAAUUAUCUGGAUCUUCAGGGCCUGCCUUCCUGCGUAGGCCGUGAAUUCAUCGUAAAUCAGCGCUCGCCAUCCCAUG